UUCCUGUAACCGUAAUGUAAAGUUAGACGCAAAACAGAGAAUUUUGGAUUUUCCUGUAAAAUUAGGGUGAAAGACAAAAAGAAUUUCUGUAAUAAAGAUAUAUUUUAACUAAAGAUCUAUUUACAGCAUAGAGGCUAAUAUUGAGAUUUAUUCAACUUCGUUGUUGAAUAUUUACAGCAUACAUGGGAAGAAGUCGUUCUAGAUCGCCUGCUAGACGAGAAAGGCAUCGAAGCCGUUCUCGAGAGCGAGAAAGAGAUCAUGAACGUAGAGUUAGAGGUAGAUAUCGUAGUAGAUCCCCAUCACCACGUCGCCGAAGAAGCAGGUCUCCAAUUCGAAGAAGAUCAAGAUCUCGCUCAUGGUCGCCACCAAGAAGAAGGAGCAGAUCUGGUUCUAGGGGACGCGAAUCUACUAAAGAAGCUCCAAAAAGGGCUGUAUCCAAAUUUUUAAUGGAACGAACUCCUAUUACAGAUAAAGAUCUUGAAGGGAAAACUGAUGAUGAAAUAGAAAUGAUGAAGAUAAUGGGAUUUGGUAACUUUGAUACAACGAAGGGUAAACAUGUUCCAGGAAAUGUUGCAUAUGGUGUACAUGUUAUUCAUAAAAGAAAGUACAGGCAAUACAUGAACAGAAAAGGUGGUUUCAACAGACCUUUGGACUUUGUGGCUUAAUUGAAUCAUCAUUUAGUAUUUGUAUAUAUGCACAUUAUAUCCUUAUGGCUGUUUUUAUAAAUAAAUUUCAGUUACUUAAAUGAAUACAUUCAUAUGUAUGUACUUAUAAAACUAUAUUUUUUCUUUUCGUAAGAUAUAGGUUAACCAUUUCAUUAAUAACAGAAUUGAAUCUGUAUUAGUUUUUGAAAGUAACAUAGAAAUGUA